AGCAGAACGCGAGCCUGCGGACCGACAGACCAUCCGGUACGGCUACUACAGGGGUGCGUUUGUUUGGCUCCGCGGCCUCCCGGCGCCUCGCCCGCUCCCCCACGCCGGUAUCAGCUCACCGCCUACACAAGUGUAAACAGAUCCGGCGACGCUGAGUCCUCAGCCGCUGCGGUGAGGGCCGGCCCGAUCUCGGGCUGCGGUGAAUCCCUCUGCGCCGCCGCCAGCUGGCCGUCGUCGGUCGACGUCAUCGACGAGCGACGCGUCUGCCUGGGAGCGGCCGGGCCGGGUCGGCGGCGGCGGCGGCGCGCCGCCAUGUGUGACGAGGGCGGGUGUCCGAGCGAGGCGGGCAGCUGUAGUGUCGGUGACCAGGGACCGGACGCCAUGCUGGACAUCUUGGAGGAGUUCCAGCGGCUGUACCGGGAGCGGAUGGCCCGGCUCGACAGUGACCCCACCUCACCUACAUAUGGCAAGGAUAGGAUGGAGCUUCUGGAAGACUGGAUUGACGAUCUGAACCAACAAAACCGUACCCUCGUGCAGACUGUCAAAGAGCUGGAAACAGAGGCUUCUCAGCGGUGUCAGAUGCUGGAGAGCCGGCUGGUGUCCACCACCUCCAGCACCAAGCAGUACAUGCUUCAGCUGCACCAGCUGCAGCGGCAGGUUCAGCAGCUGGUCUCGGGCCGCGCCCAGGCGCAGGAUCGGGCCGCCGAGCUGACGGCGCAGCUAGACGAGCAGCUGGCUGAGAACCAGCAGCUCCAGCGGCGGUUGGAGCUCGGCUCGGACGACCACCGCCCGGACCCGACCUCUCACAGGUGGCAGCACUGGGGCCCGAAUGACGUUAUCACCUCGCCAAGCUCCGAUCAGGCAAAUCGUGCCGAAGUUUCCGGACACCUAGAGAGGCUAAAGGCUGACCUAGAGCAGGCGCUGCAUGACAAAGACGACCUCCAGGAAGUACUGGAUAUCCGAAAGUGUGAACUUGAGGAGAGCCAAGCGGAGGUGGCCAGGCUCCGGUCGGAGGUCGGCCGACUCAGGGCCACGCUGGGGGUUCACCCGCCCGCCGCUGGCAGGCACCAGCAGGAGGCGCCUGCCGAAGUCCACCGGUUGCGGAAACACUGCCGUGACCUGGUCGACCAGCGCAACGAGGCGCUCGCCGAGCUCGCCCGCGUCAAGGUCACGCUGAUGGAGGCGAUGGAGAACCAGGUGACAGAGGCGAAGGAGGUGACGGCCGAGCGUGCCGAGGGCGAGCGGCUGAGCAGCACGCCGGCCGCUGUUGUGGAGGUACCGCCAUCUCCCCCUCCUCCGACCGUCAACCGACAGCCGAUCAAUUCGGCGGCCAGUCGCCGGCUCCAGGACCAGCUGGAGGAGCGGGACCAGCUGAUCAGUGAUCUGCAGGCGCACCUGGCCAGCGCCCGGAACGAGGUGGCGCUCAAGGACGAGACGCUGGCGCGGCUGGAGGGCAAACUGGAGACCACGCGACAGGAGCUGAGCGCGACUGGCGAGCGACUCGCCGGGGCAGAAGGCGAGCGGGCAGCGCUCACCCAGCAGAACCAGAUACUCGCCAACCAGGUACGUGAGCUGCAGCUGCGGGCUGAGGAAGCCAGCGCCGUAUCACGCCGACUCGAGUCCGAGGCCGACCAGCAGAUGGCGCAGAUCACAGAUCUGCAGGAGCGGCUGCUGGCCUCAGAGACCAGCGGCAAACAGCUCACCGCCAGCUGCGUGGAAAAAGACGUCCAGAUCGGCCAGCAGUGGACCACCAUCAGCUCGCUGCGGGAGGCGCUGCUCGAGUCCAAGCAGCAGCUGGAGCAGCUGCAGCCGGCCGCCGGCUCGUCCUUCUUCGGCGGCCUGCUGGGCAGCGCGAGCCCGCCGGGCCGUGACGCCCGCCGCCAGCCGCUGACAUCCCAUAACCAGCCACAGCAGCAGACAGUCAGUCGUCAGUCUCCCAGUAAACCCUGGCAGCGGAACGCAGAGUCUCGGAGACUGACGGAGCUCGGCUCGCAGAUAGACAGACUGAUCAUGGAAAAACAACACCAGCACUCCAUGAUUCGUGACCUGCGUUCUGACCUGGCCGCCUCUGGUGGCGGUGACGGGUCAGGGGCGACUCAGCGCAGCAGUACGGAGCAGCGAGGGAACACAGCUCCCUUCACUAGCGACCCACCCGAGCAGAGGGACCGGCACAGCCCACAGACCGAGCAGCCGGCAGCCGACCCGUCCGGCCGCCUUCAGGCCCAGCUCGCCGAGACGCGCGCCCAGCUGGCAGAGACGCUGGCCGGUCAGGAGCACGUGCACGCGCAGGCCGACCUCAUCGUGGAGCUGGUGUCCGGCUGGGUAACCGAAUGGCGCGCAGAGAACGGCCGGCUGACGAGACGGGUCGACCAGCAGGCCGACACCAUCGCCGCCCUGCAGACGGAGAACAGGCACCUGUCGGACCAGCUGUCGGCGCUGCUCGGCCGGGCGUCGGGCUCACUACCGGUCACAGCAGCCGAGCUCUAUCCGCUGGCGUUCGAUGACCGGCGGCCACACCCAACCACGCUGCCGGGUGGCUGCGGCGGACACCGGUGCCGCGAGCACAGGGGAGGUCCUCAGUCCUUUACACGAGACUUUGAAGGAGUUCAGUUCUUCACAAGGAGCAACGAGGGCCCUCCGUCGUUCCUCCGGAGUCAAAACCAAGGCCCUCCAUCCUUCCGCGACCACGAGGGCCCCCAGUCCUUCAACCGGGACCAUAACGAAGUUCAGCCACCAACGAACAAGCAGAUGGAGGGUACCAGCUAUGCCAGGUGCAUGAUGCCCCAGCCGGAGACCCGAGCCGAUCUCUCCCGAAGGCUGUGCGCCGACGCCGGCUGCCAGGCGCCGCGUGCCGACCAGGUGCCCACGCGGGACGGAGCUGGAGCCGACCACCGGCGCACGGGUGGUCUGAUCGGAGAGGACGACCGACACGGGCCGGGCGUCUGGCGAGCGGAGACUUAGGCGGCCAGAGGGAGAGAGGAGGGAGGAGAGGGGAGGGAAAAGAGUGGAAGGGAGCAAUGACAUUUACCAAAGAUAGCGUGAACAGACCAUUACGCAGUUCAUGUCAUUCGUGCUUUUGUCAAUCAGGUAGAACGAGGGAGCGUCAAAUAAUUUGUGCUGGCAAUAUAACUAAGUACUUUUAAAGGGGGUUUAAUGACUUGCUAAGCCACUGAAAAAGUACGUCAUAGCGAGCUUUAGGUUGUGGUGAGCCGGUGACGCUGGUUCUUCAUCACCAGACUUCUGUAGGUAUGUACUUUUAUACAACACGCAUAAUAUACGAUACCAA